UUUUACCACCUCUGUGUUACUGAGUUGCAGUGACUACUCAACUACUCUCUCUCUCUCUCUCUCUCUCGGAGUUGGCGAAGACGAAGACGACAGGGGCAAGGUAAGAUGAGGAAGAGAGAUUUGGCGAUUCUCAUGCUCUGCGCUUUCGCAAUUUUCUUCUCUCUUCAGCAUGAAGGUGAUUUUUCGUUCAGAGAGGCGUGGUUCCAUCUCUCCGAGGAAUACCCAAUUAAGUACGAGGCCGAGCGUCUUCCCCCGCCAAUUGUUGCUGAUCUUAACGGAGAUGGAAAGAAAGAGGUUCUCGUGGCCACUCAUGACGCUAAAAUUCAGGUUCUGGAGCCCCAUGAUAGGCGGGUGGAUGAAGGUUUUAGUGAGGCACGUGUUCUUGCAGAGGUGUCCCUGUUGCCUGACAAGGUCCGGAUUGCAUCUGGAAGACGGGCUGUGGCAAUGGCCACAGGAGUUAUAGAUCGGACUUAUAAGCAUGGAGAAGUACAGAAGCAGGUUCUAGUUGUUGUUACAUCUGACUGGACUGUAAUGUGUUUUGAUCACAACCUCAAAAAGUUAUGGGAGACAAAUCGUCAGGAGGAUUUUCCACAUAAUGCUCACCAUAGGGAGAUAGCUAUUUCAAUAAGUAAUUAUACCCUAAAGCAUGGAGAUUCUGGAUUAGUAAUUGUCGGUGGAAGGAUGGAAAUGCAUCCCCACACACAUAUGGAUCCUUUUGAGGAAAUUGGGACUGUCGAGAAAAAUGCUGAGCAACACAGAAGAAGUGCUAAUGAAAAGGAGGCUUCUGAGAAUUCUGGAACUGUGGAUUUACGCCAUUUUGCAUUUUAUGCAUUUGCUGGUAGGAGUGGCAUACUUCGAUGGAGCAGAAAGAAUGAGAAUAUUGAAGCACAUUCUUCGGAUGCAUCACAGUUAAUACCACAACAUAAUUACAGGCUUGAUGUUCAUUCUCUAAACAGUCGUCAUCCUGGAGAGUUUGAAUGUAGGGAAUUUAGAGAGUCAAUACUUGGGGUCAUGCCUCAUCGUUGGGAUAGACGGGAAGAUACCUUGUUUAAGCUGGCUCAUUUUAGGCGACACAAAAGGAAAACAUUGAAGAGAAUAAGUGGGAAAAUGACAGGCUACCCUUUCCACAAGCCUGAGGAAAAUCAUCCUCCAGGGAAGGAUUCAACCAAAAAGAUUUCAAACAUUAUUGGUAAAGCUGCAAAAUAUGCUAGUUCUGCAAAACCCAAAAAGCCAUUUCCUUAUAUUCCUACAAUAACAAAUUACACUCAGCUCUGGUGGGUCCCUAAUGUUGUUGUGGCUCAUCAAAAGGAGGGGAUAGAAGCUGUUCAUCUUGCAUCUGGCCGCACACUGUGUAAGCUUCAUCUUCAAGAAGGUGGUCUUCAUGCUGAUAUUAAUGGAGAUGGGGUCCUAGAUCAUGUCCAGGUUGUUGGGGGAAAUGGUGCUGAACAGACAGUUGUAAGUGGAUCCAUGGAAGUGCUGCGACCCUGUUGGGCUGUUGCAACCUCUGGUGUGCCAGUACGAGAGCAACUUUUCAAUGCUUCUAUAUGUCGUUAUUCUCCUUUUAACUUCUUCCAGCAUGGAGAAUUCUCCAGAAGCUUUGGUCAAAAUCUAGAUGUAAGUUCACUAGAGGUGGCAACACCUAUUCUCAUCCCAAGAAGUGAUGGCCAUCGACAUCGUAAGGGAAGCCAUGGUGAUGUUAUUUUCUUGACAAAUCGAGGGGAGGUGACGUCAUAUGCACCUGGCUUGCAUGGCCACGAUGCUGUUUGGCAAUGGCAGCUUCUCACUGGUGCUUCGUGGACAAAUCUUCCAUCUCCAACAGGGCUGAUGGAAGCUGGUAUGGUGGUCCCCACGCUGAAGGCAUUCUCCUUGCGUGUACAUGAUAAUCAAGAAUUGAUUCUUGCAGCAGGAGACCAAGAAGCUGUGGUGCUCUCUCCCAGAGGAAGUAUGUUAACAUCUAUAGUUCUUCCUGCGCCACCUACGUAUGCCCUGAUCUGUGAGGACUUCUCGAAUGACGGGCUGACUGACCUCAUUCUUGUAACCUCUAAUGGUGUGUAUGGCUUUGUCCAGACCAGGCACCCGGGUGCACUCUUCUUUAGCAUGCUGGUGGGAUGCCUCAUUGUUGUGAUGGGAGUAAUAUUCGUAUCCCAACACCUUAAUUCUAUGAAGGGGAAACCACGGGGUUCAUCAGGUUUCUGAUGAAAAUCUGAUUUUGAACUUCCGGAUGCCUUUCUAUGGUACAGGGUUUUCAGAUUUAAGGUGUCAAAAGAACAAUCAAAAUUUGGCAAUGUUUAGAGGUUGGUGGCUGGGAUACUUGAGAUUUUGGGAGCAUACAAUGAAAUGGUAAUCUUCAAAUUACAACUCCUUCUUUGACAUUGUGCCCUAUGUAAAGUUUUCAGCCUUCCCUAGGGAAAGAGCUUGUCCAUGAUGUGUACCAUUUCUAGGGUCAGUUUGUAGGGAGGGCUAUUUUCACUGAGCUUCUUGCCGUUCUUACAGGAUUGGGAAUUAACUUAUAAAAGUAUCUUUUGUUUGCCCUUGAUCCUGGCUUAAAA